GGUCUAUCUCCAUCUCUCCCCCACUGCCUCCACCGAGAAGCACAGGGUGAACCCACAAACGCAGCUCACACAGCCACGUCAGGACUCGGGAUGGACCAGGAGGCAGCAAGAUGAAGACCGUGGCAGAGAGUGAAGGCAUCAGACAGGUUUGCUGGGGAGCGAGGGGUGGAGGAGAAACACAGAGGCACGCACAGGUGAUGAAGAUGAGUGACUGAGCGGCCACUUCCCAUCUGUCAGAGAAGUUUGAAGGAGUGCUGCUCUCAUGGCGGGACCGACUGCACCGCAGGAGCCUGUGAAGACCCAGCAGAAGUGCAUUGCCAUCUUUGCCCUUUUCUCCUGCUUUGCUGUACUGGUGGCAUUGAUCUGCUCCUCCGUGGACUUCUGGUGGGACGAUGAGGACGGUAUCACAGAGGAAAACUGCAGCAGGAACUGUCGCAUCGCGCUCGUGGAGAACAUUCCAGACGACCUCUCUCUCCCUGGGCAUGAGCGACCUCGCCUCGCUCUCUCUGUUGGCUUUCACACACUGUUGGAGCAGGCAAAGCACUCAGUCGAGGUGGUGUCACCUGUCUGGGACUUGGAAACAACGUCAAGCGCCGCCAAACAGGGUCAGCUUUUGUUCCAGCAACUGCUCAGCCUGAAAUCUCGUGGGGUUAAACUAAAGAUUGCCAGCAGCCUGACUAACUCUGCUGAACUGAAGACCUUGACAGCACAUGGUGCAGAGGUUCACUUCGUUAAUAUGACAGCUAUUGCCCGAGGAGGACUCCGCUCGUCAUUCAUGAUUGUGGAUCGGAAGCACAUUUACAUGGGGAGCGCUCAUAUGGACUGGAGGUCGCUCUCCAAGAGGAAGGAACUGGGGUUGGUGGUGUAUAACUGCAGCUGUCUGGCUUUGGACCUCCACCGAGUCUUUUCAUUUUACUGGCAGCUCCAUGACAGAGACUACAUCCCCUCCAUCUGGUCAAAGAGAGUUACCGCCCUCUAUGGGAGACACGACCCCCUGGAGCUGCAGUUCAAUGCAACCCACGCCACGGCCUACGUGUCUACCUCGCCUGAACUCUUCUGCCCGAAAGAUCGCACUAGAGAUAUUGAUGCAAUUUAUCAAGUCGUCCAGAGUGCAAAGGCAUUCAUCUUCAUAUCUGUGACAGACUAUCUUCCCCUGGUGAACAGGAGUUUCCGAGGAACAUCAGUCACAAGGUACUGGUCACCUCUCGAUGAGGUCAUCAGAGAGGCCGUGGUGCUGAGGCGAGUCAGAGUCCGUCUGCUGAUCAGCUUCUGGAAGAAGACUCACCCCCUCACCUUUAACUUUGUCACCUCCCUCAAGUCCCUCUGCAUGCACCUGCACAACUGUUCCCUGGAGGUGAAGUUCUUUACUCACAGAGAGCAAAAGGAUGAUCUUCAACUUGGACUCAACCACAACAAGUACAUGGUGACCGACAAUGCUGUCUACAUAGGGAACCAUGACUGGGUCGGUACUGACUUUGCCUUUAAUGCCGGGGUUGGACUGGUGGUCCAGGUGAAAAACACUCCCGUGAACAGGGAAGUGACAAUCCUGGAUCACGUCAGAGCUGCUUUUGAAAGAGACUGGACGUCGCGUCACGCCAACAGCCUACAGGGAGGCAAAGAUCAGCAGGGCAAAUACAGAGGCUGGCAACAAGAGGAAUCACAUAAGGACGAGAAUGAGUGGAAGAGCCCUUUAUCUUUAUAAGCACAAACUGUCCUUAAAAGUUUUAAAGCCUUAUAAGCCUGAAUAACUUAAACAAGAUCGUAUAAACAUGUACGUUAUAAGAAUGUAUCCUCAGACUAGAUUAGAUUUGACUUUGAUUUAAUAGAUUUAGUUUUACAUCAUCAACGUUGAACUGAUACUUUGACUCAGUUGCAAUUAAGACAAAACCAGACCAGAAAUCAGAAACACUGGAUGAAGUCAGCUUCAAAGUACAAUGUCGCUUUUCCACUACACGGUCCCGGCGCAACUCGCCCCGGCACAGCACAACACGGCAUGGUUAUUUUGCUUUUUCAUUAGUGAUAGUACCUGGUACCUCUGCUCUGGCGAGGUUCCAAGUGAGUUGAGCCGAUGUCAACAGACUGCCAGCCACUGAUUGGUCAGAGUGUCUUCACUGGAAGAGUCAUGCGCAAGAUGUCCAACACAAGAAUCAAAGCGAACAAUGACAAACUGUAGAUCAGUUAAAAAGACUUUAAAAAAUCCUCAAAAUGUGCGUUAAUCUCCAACAUUUAGAAACGUAAAUGUCUAAAAUAUCAUCAUUUAACAGAGGAGUCUGGUGUAUUUAGUGAGUCUGUGCUCCGGUCAAGCAGGAAGUACUGAACAAAUCUUUUAAUUAACUGAUUCUAAUGAUUCAAUACAUUGAAAACAACUUUAAGUUUUACAAGACACUAGUUUGUUUUUGUGUUGUGUAUAAAACGAAGUCACGGCAGUUUCAUGCAGCCGUGCUGUGAUGACUCCGCCCACGCUGAGGAGGCACUAUAUUGUAAUGGAAAACCAACCAAACGGUGUAGAGUCGAGCCGAGGCGGUACUAUGUAGUGGAAAAGCCCCACAAGUCUCAUUUUGUUGACAUUAAAAGUCAACUGUUUUACUGGAGGGUUAAAGAUAUCUGCUUUACUGCUCUAUAAGUCAAAGAAAUCACUGUCAGUAGGCACUAAAAACAUGAAAUAUUAUAUAACUCAGGUGAUGUAAAAACAAACCUUUCCAUAAAAAAACCCUCCAGAAUGAAGACUGAAAACUCAAGUUAUUUUAGUUGAAUGUAAGAGCUGAUCAAGUGGAUUGUUCAAGCUCAUUUUUAGGAAACUGCACCAAAUACAAAUAAUGAAUCAACAAUUAUAAAUGACAUAUUUUAAGAAAUAUAAAUUCUAUAUGCUUUUAUUGUUAACCAUUCUUUAUCAUAGUGUCGAAGAUCAAAAAGGGAAUGACCAUGUUUGGAGCUAGGAAGCCUGACAGUGUUACCUGUGAUGACAGUGACAUGGUGCUGCUUGUUCCUCAGAAUGCUGAACUUUUGACAAGUUAAUUAAUGAAUCAAUUUAUUUUAUUUACCUGUAGUGUCUUGCCCAAAUUACCUGUUGACUGUUACGAGAGCAUGUACUGUUGCAUGAAUAUUGAAAGCAAUAUUCAAAUACAAAACUAUAUUCUAAGACAAAACCGUAUAAUAAUUAGAUCUAUGUUUAAAAAAAUUAUAGGAACAUCACCAAAAAAAAGCAAUCACAUUCAGCAUUUAAUGAUGAUGCACUGUUUUCAUUUACACUUUCAAUUUGUAUUUCAUAAACUUUUUAACGCACAUGCCGCAUGGGGGCUUGAUGUGAGAGUAAACUGCCUACCAAUCAUUGAACGUUCUUGAAUGACAAGCACACACACACGAGUGUGCAGUACUGUAGCUUUACAGUUA